AUGCUAAAGGUUCCCCAGUCCGAUGACUGGCCCGAGUCCAUACCAACUAGUUAUUUGAAAAAGUAUAGCUCGCCUGGUGUUGCUCAAGAGUUCUCCCAACGCACUUUAACCAACAUGGGAUACUUUUGGGAUGAAGACCACAAAGUGUAUUAUUUUCGUGUUAAGAAGAAUGGUAAGAAAAUUUAUAACUUUGAUGACACUGUUGAGUUUUUUGAUUCUACUGCUGAACCACAUGUGGUUGACGAUCAACCUAUUAUUUCUCCUCAUGGUUAUCUUCGAGUUGAUACGGUAAUACAUGAUGCUGAUCGUGGAGAUGGUCAAGGUAGUGAAAUUGGUGUUGAGUAUGGAAAUAAGUCUUCCAUUAUCACUAUGCUUUAG